CAACAAUAAUACUGUAUGUGUGUUGAUAAUAUUCUCAAUAGGGAAGACUUGAUUUAAGAGCGGAACUGUUUGUCUUUUCAAUUCCGCUGGUUUGACGGUUGGUUGGCUCGUCGUCGCCGGUCAGUUAUCGUCACUUUUUGACGUUAUUUGGCUAGCUUGGCUGUGUACGCGCGUUUCGGGCUUCAUCUUUGGACACUUUGCCGAGCGCGCGGUCCUCGGCUCUUGCUUUGCAUUAACGGCUAAGCUCAUGUUAGAUGCUCUGUGAGCCAACGGAGACGGACGUCGUAGUUUGUCGGCCAUCUUAAAGACAGAGCCAUGAUCCGAGCCAAAGAUGCGGUUAUAAUUCUGUGUACGCAACGAGAGGAGAAGCAGCUGGAGGCGUCGCUGGAGUCGCUGAUUACGCAAGUGGCGCACGUCAAGAACGCCCUUCACUCUUUCAUCUUCAAGCUGGAGAACGAGUACGAGCGACUCACGUGGCCGUCAGUGCUGGAUAACUUCGCGCUGCUGUCGGGUCAACUGAACACCAUCAACAAGCUGCUGAAGAACGACAAAACGCCGUGGUUGCGCAACCAGCUGAUCAUCCCGCUCCUGCUGUCGCAAGACCGCGACGAGGAGUUGGCGAAAAUGACAGAGCAGCGCGUUCCCGUGUUCGGCCACGAGAUGGUCCCCGACUACCUGCGCACCAAACCCGACCCGGACGUGGAGGAGCAGGAGAAGCAACUCAGCGCGGAGGCCGCCCGGGUCACGCCUGAAGUGGCGCAGAAGCAGAUCCAGACUUUGAACAAAUUGUGUUCCGGCCUACUGGAGAAGCUGAGUAACCCGAGAGACGAGCGAGACGCCGAAGGCGCGGGGUCGCGUCAGAGCAAAGCGUGGUUCAACCCGGCCGAUACCGCCGCCCUGGUGGGAGCGGUGGCGUUCGGCAAAGGUCUGUCCAAGUGUCGGCCGCCCGGCCCCGCCUCGGCGUCGCCCGCCGGCGUCCCCGCGGGCGGCGGCCCCACGUUGCAGCAGGUCACCAUCGGGGGACAGACGGGGGCGCCCUCCCAGCAGCCGGGACAGCCAGGCAAGAUGCCGGGCAUCAAGACCAACAUCAAAUCGGCGUCGGCCGCCAUGCACCCGUACGGCAGAUGAAGCCCCAUCAUAGCAAAAGUCAUCUUUUAAAAAUGUGCUGCUGCUGGCUGAUGAUGAACUUGGCAUCAAAUUAUAAAUGAACAAGGAUACCGUUUGAAAUGGCCAUGGCAAUAGAUGUCCCUGCCAGCCUUCAAAGGUCAAGAUGGAUGUGGACAUCUAGCACCAUCAAUGGCACAGACACUUUUUUCCCCCCUUUGUGAAAUGAUUCAAAUUUGAAACUUUUUUUAAAUAAAACAGAAUGAAUCAAGAUCAUUUA